AGACAAUUAGGUAUAGACAUAGCAAUACUGCCUGUCUGCCUCCAUCAUCUCCUCCUCUUUCCUUCCCAACCUUACAGCUGCGAUUCCGAUGGCAGCCAUAACCCGCUUCGUUAAACGCACAACACCCUUUUAUUCCUUAGCGCGUGGAUUCUCUUCCAUUAAUUCCCACGCGCCACCGCGUGAAAACAGGAAUAUUCAAUGGGUUUUCUUGGGCUGUCCCGGCGUCGGUAAAGGCACCUACGCCAGCCGUCUUUGUAACCUCCUCGGCGUCCCUCACAUCGCCACCGGUGAUCUUGUUCGUAAUGAGCUUUCCUCCAAGGGUCCCCUUGCUUCCAAGCUAUCAGAAAUAGUAAAUCAGGGUCAAUUAGUGUCAGAUGAAAUCAUUAUAAACUUGUUGUCGAAGAGACUGGCCGAUGGACAAGCUAAAGGCGAAUCGGGUUUCAUUCUUGAUGGUUUUCCUCGAACAAUAAACCAAGCAGAAAUAUUGGAAGGGGUGACUGACAUUGACUUGGUGGUCAAUCUGAAGAUCCGAGAAGAAGUACUGCUUGCGAAAUGCCUCGGCAGGAGAACUUGCAGUCAGUGUGGAGGAAAUUUUAAUGUUGCUUCCAUUAAUAUCAACGGUGAGAAUGGUCGCCCUGGAAUGAGUAUGGCUCCACUUCUUCCUCCCGAGCAUUGUAUGUCUAAGCUCAUUACUCGUUCCGAUGAUACUGAACCAAUAGUCAAAGAAAGGCUUCGUGUAUACAAUGAAUCGAGUCAACCUGUGGAAGGGUUUUACCGUAGCAAAGGAAAACUAUUAGAGUUUGAGCUUCCCGGAGGGAUCCCGGAAUCUUGGCCAAAGUUGCUGCAAGCGCUUAAUCUAGAUGAUUAUGAAGAGAAGCAGUCUAUUGCAGCAUAAGCUAUAAAAGUGUUACCAUAUAACUAAGUAUUUCAUUCUUUGCAUGCGUAUUCUGCAUGCUAUGCAAUUUUGCAGGAAAUAGAACCAAUGAAGGUCGGCUUCUUCUCGAAUUGGUAUUAUUUGAAUAAAUAAUGAUAUCAGGAAGUGUCCUAAACUGUUUACACUUAUACCCUAUUUUGUAUUUCCAUAAUUUGAUUUAGUUAUAUAUCACAAUGUUUUUUAAUGCUGUCUGGAGAAAAAUUUCCGACGCAGUGUUGCAUAAAUGUUUACUGUUUUGCAAUAAGUUUCAACAGGACCGGCACAUGAUUUCUGUGUUUAGUGUUGUAAUUCAUUACUGAAAUUUAUUGAACUAAUGUUAUGUAUUAUUGCUCCAGAGAUUUGUGGAAAUCCUAAUUACACAUUACUCACAAAUAACUGUUUUUCUUUGAUUAUACUGUUUUGAAUGCCAUAUUUUGUAGGUUUGAUGAGAGUACGAAUUCCAGCAUGUCCCUGUGUUGAAGUUUAGGCACAUGUUGUCCAGAUAUUUCUUUUUCUGAUUUAUGUUAAAUUUAUUAGAGUUUUAUUAGCUAUACCAAGAGUUUGAAUACUAGGUACUAGUAUCACUUUGGGAUUAUAUCAUUACUGAAUCAAAGAUUAAUGGUUUAUAGCUAAUGGGAUUAUGCUAUUGAAGAAGUGAUAAUGAUGCUGAAAUGAAACGGUGGUUUGAAUGAAAUGUAUAUGAAAUAUGUUCCUAGAUCUGUUUGAUCUUUUAAUGGUUAAAGAGAAUA